GUGUAUAUGUGGAUCUUCGCUCUUAGUAAGUGGUGAAUAUGAGCCACUCACAAGUCACACCCUUUGAAGUUGUUGUUAGCGUGCUUCCUUUGUCUGCUGUCACCCUUUUUCGCGCUUCGUCUCUCUCACACACAUUCAUUUCGCUUAAGAAUAAUCAAGGAUUCUUGGGAUGGCUUCGAUUAUUGCAAGUUUGCCUCUUCCCUUGUUGAUAAAUGGGGUUAAAACCUCUUUGAAGCCCACUUCAACUUUCCCAGUUUGUGCCUUCCGAGAGAGACAAGGUCGUGUAGGAAUUGUUGUGAGAGCAACAAGUGAUAGCUCUGAUUCUUCAACAUCUCUAAGUGUUGUUCAAUCUGUUCAGAAUCUUUGGGAUAAACCCGAGGACCGAAUUGCUGUUAUUGGUUUGGGAUUCACAGCUAUUAUUGCAUUCUGGGCUUCAAUAAAUGUGGUCGCGGCUGUCGACAAGCUUCCUUUGAUUCCCGGUUUCUUGGAAUUUGUAGGGAUAUUGUUCUCUGCGUGGUUUGUUUAUCGGUAUCUCCUCUUCAAACCGGAUAGAGAGGAACUAUUUCGGAACAUCAACAAGUCGCUAGCAAACAUCUUGGACCAAUGAAUAUCACUCUAUCAUAUGGAAACUUGAUUCUUAUUUGUCGUUCUUGUCUAUGUUUUCGCUGCAUCUGUAGUAGUUCCACGACUCGAGCAUCAAGAACACCCCCCUUGUUGUAUGGCAAAUAUAAAUGAUUUUGUGGCACAACAUAAUGGUACAGCUUAUUUGUUGGUCUAACUCUUUAUUUCAACGGUCGUUCGAGCUUGUUAGUGUAACUGAAGUUGCAGCUGAAUCAAUGAGAUUUGUUCCUCCAAUUUUCUUCAUCUUGACUUGUUAAUGUAUUUGUGAUGGUCCCAACUCCUAAGUUAAUAGGAGGCUCUUGGAGUGUGAAAUGUUAUAUUUAUGCUGUGGCAAGAUCAUUUUGCUGUGAA